CGGGGAGCAGCCAGCAGCCCGGGGCUGGAGCGUGAAGCAGGCAGUGAGCAGCAGACAGACAGACAGACAGAAAGAGACCCCAGGCACCGAGAGGAAGCCUCAGUGAUGGUGCCAACACUGCUCUUCCAGCCUGCCUCGUCCCCAGCCCUUUCCUAACCCACCAGGACAAGCUGCCCUCCCCGUUUCAGGUGAUGCCAAAGCCACGGAGGAGCCCAUGGCCAGGCAAGGUGCUGGGACACUCUUUCUGCUGUGGCUCUCCCUGCUCCAGCCUGUCUACCCCAGUGGGACCCUGCACUGUGCCUCAGUGGCCGUAGACCCACCUGUGGUGGCCCUGGGCUCAGCUGUCACAGCAUCCUGCACCAUCCGGAGGGAGCUCUGCCACGGCUUGGAGCAGGGGAAGGUCCGGAUCACCUGGAUGCUGGACAAUGAGCCUGUGACUGGGAACCAGCAUCGGGACCCGGAGGGGAUGGAUGUGUCCACCCUCACCCUGCCCCAGUUCAACCGCACGCAGGCCAAGCUGUGGUGCUGGCUGGAGUGGAACGGGGCCAAGCAGCGCGUGGGCAUGGCCGAGAUCAGGGCGGGCUACCCUCCAUCCAAGCCCUUCAACCUCAGCUGCAUCCUGAACCUCAGUGACUAUGGGCUGACCUGCCGGUGGGAGCAGGGUGCUGACAGCCUCCUGCCCACCAAUGUCACCCUCCAGUGCUCCCAGAACAGAGCCCGGGAGGUGACGGGCUGCAUCCCGCAAGGUCCCCGCAGCCACUGCACGGUGCCGCGGCGGCUGCUGCAGCUCUACGGGCAGAUGGAGCUCUGGGUGACGGCCACAAACGCGCUGGGCAGCACCGAGUCCCAGCGGCUCCGCAUCGACCCCAUGGAUGUGGCCAAGCCAGACCCACCUGCCCUGCAGAGCAUCCAGUCCAUCCCUUCCCAGACCGACUGUGUCACCCUGGCCUGGGAGGUGGCUCGCAGCACUGCACACAUGGAGCUGGAGUGUGAGCUGCGCUACCGGGCACCCGAGGAUCCCACCUGGGCUCUGGUCCAUGGCAUUGCUGGGCAGCCCAGCACCCUGCAGAGCUGUGGGUUCCUCUUCGGCACCCGGUACCACUUCCAGAUGCGGUGCCGGCGGAGCUCGGCACAGAGCUACUGGAGUGUGUGGAGCCCGGGCAGGAACUACACCACCCAUGAGAAAGCCCCCACAGGGAAGCUGAGCGUGUGGUGGAGCACCCGGCUGGAUGGGGCAGGGGGGCAGCUGGAGGUGCAGCUGCACUGGAAGGCCCUGCACCCGAGGGAGGCAAACGGGCAAGUGCUGGGGUACCAUGUCACCCUGAGCCCCAGGAGGAAGGGCAGGGACCCCCACACUGUCUGCAACACCACCCACACCCAGUGCAACUUCUCUGCUCCGGGGGGGACCCGCAGGAUCUACCUCUCAGCCUACAAUGCUGCUGGCGAGUCAGCAGCCACCGAGGUUGCCCUCCUGGAGAGGAAAGGUCAGCCCCUGGCCAGGCUGUGGGCCGUGCCUGAGGGUGAACGCAGCCUCCGGAUGCGCUGGGAGGUCCCACCAGCUCCCCCCGCUGCCUACAUCCUGGAGUGGCACCGGGUGUCCUCGGAGCCUGGGGAAUGCAGCCCCUGCUGGAAGAUGGAGCGGAACGGGACGGCCACCACCACCCUCAUCCAGGAGGGUAUUGAGCCUUUACAGAGGUACAACAUCUCAGUGUACCCCCUCUACAAGGAUGCUGUAGGUGUGCCCAUCCACACUGCAGCCUACUCCAAGCAGAAGGCACCAUCCCGUGCCCCAAAGCUCCACCUGAAGAGUAUCAGCAAGUCCAGUGCUGAGCUUUGCUGGGACCCAGUGCCAGUUGAGAUGCAGAAUGGCUUCAUCACCAGCUACACCAUCUUCUGGGCCAGCAGCAACGCAGAAGUGGCCAGUGCUGCUGUGAAUCCCACUCUCAGCUCCUUUGUCAUCCAGGAGCUGAAGCCAUCGACCCUGUAUAAAGUGCACAUCAUGGCAUCCACCACUGCGGGCAGCACCAACAGCACCAGCCUGACCCUGGUGACCAUGGUGCUUGAUGACACUGAAAUCCAGUUCCUUUUCCUGACCCUGGGGCUGAUCUUUGUCCUGCUCAUACUUCUGCUCAUCUGCUUGCAGAAGAACGGGCGAGUGAAGCAGCAGUUCUGGCCCAGUGUUCCCGACCCUGCCAACAGCAGCCUGGGCAAGUGGGUGCCAGCGGAGCUGCAGCAGGAGCCUCCUCCCGUCCCCGGCGUGAAGGACCCCGGCCCGGCCACCAUCUCUACUGUCACCGUGCUCGAAAGGGUGGUGGGGAAGCAGCCCUCCGCCGAGACCACCGUGCCCGUCGUGCCCCAGCCCUACGUGCGGCAGGAAAGCCUCGGCAAACCGGGCCAGAGCUGGGCAGCCCCGGAACCGCAUCGGGGCCCCGGGGACACCGUGCAGUACGCGCGGGUGAUGGGCGAGGGGUACAAGGGGCAGCAGCAGGGCCCGCCCCGCCUCUACCUGCGCUCCAGCUCCACGCAGCCCCUGCUCGCCGACCACAGCCCCGAACCCUACGGGAACCUCUGGUUCCACCGGGGGGACCGGGGCUGCCCCGAGGAACCUCCCGCCACCUUCCCCCUGCUGCAGGGCCUGCGCAUCAGCGGGGCCGAGGAGCUCCACGACUGCGGGAUGUUUUAGUGUCGGGGCCCGGGCAGCACCGGCGGACCCAGCCCCGGGUCCCGGCUCU